GAUGUGGAGAUUCCUCUUUCCUGCCAUUUAAAAGCUCAGAGACAGCGCGAGCCUGCUAACCUACAUACAAACGAGGUCAUGAGCGACAUGAUGUAGUUUUUUUUAUUUUUUAAAUCCGACAAAUAAAGAGGAUAAUUAAGAGGAGCGGUUGUUGCGUGUGUGUAUUUAAAUGGGAAAUCUGUUGGGCAGCUGGCGUUUCAAGGAGCCGAGCACCGUGGAGGAAUGCGACUCGACGUGGGGGUCGGACUCCGAGAGCGACGAGCUGCUGCUGCCGGCGGCUGAAGAUGACAGCGGCAUCUCCGACUCCGUCAGCCCGCCGGAGAGCGACCGAGCCCCGGGAGAGCCCGGAGACUCGUCCCCGCAGCUGACUGACUCCCCCGAGUCUCUUCCAAAGAUGAAGAGGAGUUUCUACGCUGCUAGAGAUCUCUAUAAAUACCGUCACAGCUACCCGAACUACAAACGGUCCCGGCAACCCAAUGAGUACCGAAACCUACGCUUCUACCUAAACAAGAUCCCUCUGGUACCUGAUGGUAUCUUCGUAGAAGAGAUUUUGUCGAAGUGGAGAGGAGACUAUGACAAACUGGAGCACAAUCACACCUACAUUCAGUGGCUGUUUCCAUUGAGGGAACAAGGGCUAAACUUCUACGCCUAUGAACUGACUCAGGACGAGAUCAAAGAAUUCCAAAGCACUCGUGAAGCCAAGCGGAGAUUCCUGGCAGCCUAUUCCCUCAUGUUGGACUUUUAUGGCAUCAAACUGCUGGAUAAGAGUGGAAACGUUGCCCGGGCUCCCAACUGGCAGGAGCGCUUCCAGCACCUUAAUGAGUCCCAGCACAACUACCUGCGAAUCACUCGCAUCCUGAAGUCCUUGGGCGAACUGGGCUACGAGGCCUUUAAAGCUCCACUGGUUCGCCUCUUCCUGGAGGAGUCACUGUUCCACAACACCCUUCCAAACAUGCAGCACAGCGUCCUGGAGUAUUACGUCUACACCAUACGUCUCCCAGCCACUCGCAGGCGCCUGCUUCGCUACGCCCGCCAGCACUACCGCCCCGCACACGCCUUCCUCUGGGGUCCACCGCCUAAAAGGCGAGGCGGUGGUGUUGGUGUUGGCACCGGUGCUGGGAGUAGUGGCAUCAGAGCACCUGCUCCGACACCAGAGCCGCAGCGGAGAGAGCGGGAGAGCAACACCUCCCCCAUUAUCGUGUCUUCCCAUGAUACCGUAAUGUGCCAGGACCUGGUCCGUGCAGGACUGAAGGGCUGCACAGGAAGUAUGGCCAGAGUUGAAGGAGGGCUGAUGUUGGGCGGCGCUAGAAGGAUGAGGAGUGAAUACAAUGAAGUCGUUCCUUUGUAGGGUUUAUCAGGUUAUCAAAGCAAAAGAAAAAAAAACAAAAAACUUUAUUAUUAACAGUUCUAUAAGACUCUUAAGUCCAGGGUUAAGUCUUAAAACACAACAGUUUUAGCUUUGUUUUCUUCUCAGCAUUUAUUUAGUAUCAAUCCAGGUUAAGGGCUACUAUAAACUAUGAUAAUACUUCUUUGCAGAUUGUUCAGUUUUACUGUCUUUUUAGGGAUUAAGGUGUUUUAGACACGUCAGAGGUUUUUAUCCUGAGCCAAGAGAAACAAUCUCACCUUUGACAAAAUCCCAAAAACCAUCCAGACCCAGUGGAGACCCAUGUGUGUGUUGCAUCAGAAAGGAGAUUGCCUUAUUUAAUAAAUGUUGUGUUUUUGAAACUGUAGCAGGUACGAAAUGUGGAGAGUGUUAUACAACCAAAGUUACCCGCUGAUUGGCAUGUUGGUCACAUAAUGGUUUUUGGAAAAAAGUCCAGUCUGCUGAACACCUGGUCCAGGUAUAGAAAUUCUAAACUUGUUUUUGGCACUGACUGAAAUGCUGCGAUCAUACUGAGACUUUUUGUUUAGACAGCUAAGCUAAUUAACGGCAUUUUUAGAUUGCACCCGUCUAUAUGUGGCACUUAAAUGCUUAACCACUGGUACACCUGUUGCUUGGUGCUUGGUAGGUGACUUUUGGAAGUUAACAGAGCAGCGUCUGUCUUUGACACCUUUGUAGCAAGAAUUGCUAAUCAUGCUAAAGUGAUGGUGAGUUGUUGUUGGGUGCACUUUGUCCGACAAGUGUGACAACAACUCUUGCAACAGCUUUGUUCAAGAGUUCCCGUGGAUGACGUUCCAUUUGAAUUUAAAUGUGUGUGAUUUUGAUUCACUUGCACAAGUGCUAGAUUAUUUGCAUAGCUUGAUCGGAUUGGCUAGCGCUCACAUUGCCACAUUUACUUUAGUACACUCUUUUUAAAACACGGUCUCCUUAAGCUUGGUGCUUGAGGCGACUUGCGGAAGUUAGCGGGGCAGGAUAUAUCUUUGCCUUCUUUGUCGCAAGAGUUAGUAAUGCUAAAGUGGUUGCAAUGUGGUGUUAGCCAUUGUUGGGGCGCACUUUAUCCGACAAGCAUUGGUUAAGAAUAGCUUUGUUUGAGAGCUCUGUUUGGUCAGCGUCUGUGCAGCUAUAUUAGCUAUUUUGUUUGGCUGGUGCUAUUUUUAGCUUCUGUCUGAAGCAAAGCGACCGAUCCACAUGCAUUACGCCAUAUUCAAACUUAAUUAGCAGAGUUUCAGAUUAAGCCUCCAUUAUUAAUGUUUCGGCGUAGUAUUAGCUCUGGCAGAUGCUACAGAACCAUGAGUCAUCCUUUCAAUGCUCAGUAGAUUUGAAGCGUUUUGGUUUCUGCCAAAAUUGUCGCUAGAGUGAAUUUUCUGAUGUGGAAAAAGUCAGAAGUUUCUUCAGGGGUACAAUUUCUUUUAAAUCCUGUGAAAUAACACCAGGUGCAAACAGGAGAGAAUUGGCUGAAAAUGUCAAGUUUGGGUCAAUUUAUUAUAGCAAUAUUUUACCGACUUGAACUCUUUAUUUUAAUCGUACUAAUAGUAAUAUUGAUAACAGGUUCAGUAUUUAUCUGCUGUGAAUUCUAGUGUCUACAAUAUAGGCUGUAUUGGCCUCUUAAAAUAGUACAGCAAUGCAAAAAAUAGGUUUUGUUCACUUAAUAUCUAAAGGGAGUCUUUUUUUCUGCGAACUAUGACUAACACCAUGGAGAUUUUCUUCACUCUCACUGGUCAAAAAUUCCAUUUAAAACCGUGUUAAAGGUGUUUUUGACCAGUGAUUCAGUGAAAAUACAACUUAAUGUAAAAUGUGUGACAGAUCUCCACAGUUUUCAUCUUCCUGCAACCUUUUUUAUUUGUGGUGCAUUUGUGGUGCAUUUGCACAAUCUGUGCACAGUGAUGCAAAGGUGAAAACUAAAACACCACAGGAAUAACACACAUUAUUCUAAGCAGAUUCACAUGACUUCACAAACCCUGUGGGUGAAGAGGCUCAUGUGGCUUUUCACCAAAAAAACAUGACAAAGUGAUUGGGUGUGAACUGUGAGUGAAGUUGAACAUGUGACAUUUCAUGAUUUUUUUGUUUUUUUUUGAAAAUCUGUCUUCCGCUUGAAAAGCUGGUUUCUCCAAAUUAUUCAUCUGCGAAUCAUCAGGAAUUUGUCAUGUCAUUGUUUUUCUUGUAUUCAAAACUUUGCAAUAAUUUGGGUUAAAUUUAUAAAAUAUGUAGUUUUCAAUCAGCUACAUAAUACAUAAUACUACAGAAGAGGAUAAGGGCCAUGUGUGAAAUUCUGUUGGAAACUAGGAAACUAAAUUUAAAAAGUCAGAAUUCUUAGAUUAAUAAAUCUAAAAACACU